CUCUUGAUGCAAAGAGGUAGGCGGGUGUGCGCGAUUACAACGCUUAUAUUAUUAGGUUAAUGUAUUUUGACAAUGCUUCUGUCAUUCAUUGCUUGUUGAAACUUAGUGGUUUUCACAGUAUGGAUUAUUACAUCCUGGAUAUGGAAUGCCGAAGACACAGGAAAACAUUUUUCACAAUAUAUGCACUGGAAAUAUGAAAUCACAAGUUAAAAAUUUCGAAUCAGUUUUGUUGUCUCCGAACCGAACAAAGACCAUUCCCACAACACUAUCUUUUCAUCAUAUAUCAUGUAAUAUAAAAACCCAGAUCUUCUCAUGUAGUUCCCCAAGUUCCAUACAAGUCCUUUCAGACCUUAGUGGGUUUAUGCCACCAGGAAUGAACGCAAUAAUCGGACCGACAGGGUGUGGAAAGUCUACGCUCCUAGAUGUGUUGGCUGGACGUAAAAAUCCUUCACAACUUACUGGAUAUGUUUUGUUGAAUGGCAAACUUUUACCAAGCAGUGUUCGACGACGACUUUGUGGAUAUGUUGUUCAGGAAAAUAUAGUCAUGGAAACACUUACAAUCCGAGAGAACAUUACUUUUUCUGCUACACUACGAUUACCUCGUUGUACUGCUGCGCGUGAAAGAGACGAAAAAGUGUCCAGUGUCAUUGAAGAACUUGGUCUUACCUCUGUUGCUGAUCGGAUAAUUGGAACUCAAUCAACCUGUGGUGUUUCUGGGGGUGAACGUAAACGUACAUGUAUCGGUAUUGAAUUAGUGAAUGAUCCUUUAGUUCUCUAUCUGGAUGAACCUACAACAGGUUUAGAUUCGUACACUGCUGGGACAGUAAUUCAAACACUUAGACGAUUAGCAGACUCUGGUCGGACAAUUGUUUUUUCAAUCCAUCAACCAAAAUAUUCAAUUUAUCGUCGAUUUGAUCGACUUACUAUAAUUUCCAAUGGACAAAUGAUUUACCAUGGACCUGGUGGUCAAAAGCCAAUUCUUCAUUUUGAAAAUUGUGGUUAUUUCAUUGAAGGUCAUAAUAAUCCAGCAGAUUUCUUCAUGGAUAUUUUGCAUGGAGAAUUCGAUAUUGAUGCAACAGUUGUACAACAAGAGAAUAUUCCAGGUACAAGUGAAAAAGAUGUUUGUAAAACUAUCCGUGAAACGGUUUGUCGUAAGCUUAUUGCGUGCUGGCUAGAGUCUACACUGUGGAGAGAAUGCAAAGUAUUUCUUGCAGAAUGUAGUAAGAAUUUUUAUCAGAAUAGAUUAGGUCAAUUGAAGCAGGAAAAACUAUGUAACAUUCAAAAAUACAAUUCAGCGACGACAAGAAAAACAACAACGGCGAUCACCAAACAUAUUCAGCGCAGACAAGCCAAACAGCUUGACUGCGAAUUUGUACAACCAGGCAAUUAUUUAUCAACAAUAAAUAAGGAAAUUGAAAAAUUUGAUGAAUUAUGGGCGUUGAGUCGUUCUCUUUGUACUUCUGAUACGAAUCAGGAAGAUGAUGAUGACAAUAAUAUUCACUAUCAGAAUGUUGAUUUUCAACAGGAUAAUUUGUAUUCUGCACCAAUGAAUAAUAAUAAUUUCUUUAGUUAUGAUACAACUAUAAAAAGUCCGAAAUUAGUUAACUGUUUUUCUUGUAAAUGCAAAAAACAGUCAUCCAAUUAUCAACAAUGCUCAACUACAUUCUGUUACCAAUUGUUUACACUUAGUUGGCGAUCAUAUUUAAGUAUGAAAAGAUCAGGCAAAACAAUACUGGCACAUUUUGUCAUACAACUUGUAAUAGCCUUAUUUUUGGGCAUUAUCUAUUUAAACAUGAACAAAUGGAGCGGAUCUGGAAUUCAAAAUCGUGUGGGCUUAUUUUUUAUCACUUGUUUACAUUUAUUAUUUAUUAGCGGGACAUUAUUAGAAGUGUUUUUAAAAGAUCGUUUGAUAUUUAUACAUGAGACAUCAACUGGAUUUUAUCGUAUUUCAGCAUAUUUUCUUUCUAAAAUUUUAUCGGAUGUUUUACCAAUAAAAGUGAUACCAGCUUUUUUGUGUUUAUCUAUAACAUAUUAUUUAACUGGUCUUCGAUAUGAAUUAUAUCCAUUUUUAUUAUGGCAACUCACUAUUGGAUUGCUAACAUUUUGUGCAUCAGCGAUUACAUUUGCUGUCAGUGCAAUGGUAAAUGAUCGACGAAUCGGAUCAAUAUUAUUAUCUAUGUUUUUUGUUCUAAUGAUGGUAACGAGUGGUUAUUUAGUAAACAUAUCAACUUUAUGGAAAUGGCUUCAAUUAUUUCGUUAUAUUUCAAUACUACGUUAUGCUAUAAACAUAUUAACAAUAAAUGAAUUAUUUGAUAUGACAUUUUGUUCUGAAACAACAUUACCUUAUUCAAAAUUAUCGUCUGUAGAUUUUAAUCGCAUUAAUGCAAGUGAUUUGCCUUAUUCAAAUGCAACAUCAUUAUUGAUAAAUGAAUGGAAAAACACUGAGUACUUUCAAAUUGGAAUUGGAAAAAUUCAAAAUUUAGAAUCUAUAUGCAUUAGCGGUGUACAGUAUUUAGAAUCGCAAGCAAUUGAAUAUCGAUCAAAAUGGGCAGUUUGGCUAAAUGAAUUGGGUAUAUUUGUGAUUGCAAUUUUAGCCUUGUGUGUAGCUUAUAUUCAUUUAAGACUAAUUAAACGAUAUAGAUAGAAGACAAUAGAAUCAAUCAAUAUAAUAUUUAUAUAUAUUUAGUAUUAGAAUAAUUUAUACUAAUUAUUUUUCUAAAAACAUUUUCUUUAAUAAUGUAACUAAUCCCCUUCGUAAAAUUAAAACUGUCUUUCAUAUAACCAUUUUGUUUUUUCUUCGAUUAACAUAUAUAUACUUUAAAAGCCAUUAAUUGGUCUGUGCUAAUCCAAUUGUUUAUUACUAGUAGCAUUCAGGAACAUGAGCAUAAUGUUUAUUUUAAUUGUUGAAAAAUGACCAAUAAUAAUGCAUGUAUUUUUUUAUCGGUUUCAGUUUUUGUUUUUCUAUUUUCUACUUUACUAUAUUGUUUACUUUUUUUCUCGUUUCCUGUACAUAAUAUGUUUAUUUUUAUAAUAGUGCUGAAUUUUAUUUUUUUUUCUAUAUUCAAUAAUUACUUUCUGUACAACGAACAUUUAUAUAUGAGAAAUCUAGACAUUAUACCUCUUAUGUUGUUUGAUGACAGCUGGUAGCGUACAUAUUCUAAAGCAUUUUAAUAACUAGAUGUAAAGUUCGGGUCAUAAAGACUAGACAAAAUUGGACGAUGAAGAGUUCAUGAGUUGAACACCCUAGUUACCUUAUUUAGCCAAGUAAUCGUGCCAUUUUUAGUUUAUUCGUAACGAAACAUUCACAUAGAUAGAUAUAGGUGGUUGGAGUUUGUCAAAUCACAUAAACUGUAAUCUAAGACAUUUACAAUAACGUACCUACCAAAGGUUGCCUAUCAGUAAGUUGCUGUUUUUUCUGCAUAUCAUAAAAUAAUUAUUUAGUUGGUAACCCUUUCCGCUACAUCAUUCAAUAGAUUGCGGAUUUUAGGACCUGGUCACCACAAUAACAAUCCGUCGAGCAAAUAAGUGUCGAAAUACCCCAUAAUUUUGUUAUUGAAGACAAAAUACUUUUUAAGCAGCGGAUGCAACGGAAUUUCGCGGACAAUCCAUUAAGCUGAAACAGUCCGAGAUUAAACUUCACCUCGCUUCUGAUACUAUUCAUAGUAAGGUAUUUGUCGUCUUGACUUUGUUCACUGCUGUGUUCUACGCGGAUUCAAACUUGUAUUUUAUUUUACAUUGAUUUUAUUUGUGAUAAUACAACUAAGAUGAUCUGAUAAGUACCUAGGUAAGAUAGAAAUCGAUGGUUACUAACCUCAGGACUCAUGAAACUGCUUCUGCGAGUAUGAACAUUCAUGAGUCCUACGGAUUGAGUUGCAUUAAACUAGUUAACUUAUGAAUCUUAACAGCUCGACUACACUAUACAGCAUCUUGCUUCGGCUCGGGUGCUCCGCCAUAUAAAAGCCCUCAAAAAAUGUAUUUGUGGAAUAUUUAGUAAUAUUUCAUUUUCGACCAAAACCGUUCUGGAAUUCCAUGCAAUAUUGUGUCGAAUAUUAAAAAGUACAGAGAAUAAAAGUCAAGGUAAAAAGUAUAGAAAGACUUCUCAGUAUUUCGUAAAUAGUAUAGAGAAAGAGUAGAAGAUUGAAAGAUUUACGGUUAGAUUUCAUGUGGGAUUUAGUCAAACUAAGUCAAGAUUACAAAGAAUAAGUUAUUGCACUUUGAUUGUUACAAUACAUGAUUUCUUCAGGUAGGUUUUUGAAGGACUCCACAAUUUGAGUAAGUGAGGGACGAUCUUGAGGAUUAGCGGACAGCAUUGCUUUCAUUAACUUUAUCAAUUCUGGUGGAACUCUGAAAAAUUAAAUAAAGGAGAGUAAAAAAGAAUGUUUUAUUGAGUGGUAUACCGUACAGAACAGAACAGUCGUAACAACGUUAAUAUUGCAUUGAGUUACCUUAAAAAACUUGGUCCAAGAACAAGGCGAUAGCUGAUGAUGUCAGAUUAAAUUAGAGGGCCUAAUUUCUAUUGAGGGGCGAAUAUUAUGUUAGACUGGUUCUUAGAGCUGAUUAAACUUCAUCGACCAGGUUUUAACGUGGGCAUUAGAUAAGCAACUUGAAAUCGCAUGUAAAACAAAGAUAUAAUUUAUUCAUAUCGCUACUCUAAUAAUUUUGUAUCCUAAAAUCGGAUCAAAAGGUGAUUAGCCAUCGCAAAAUCACGAUAAUAUUUUGAUAACUAUAAAAUGUCUUUAAAAAACACUUACUUUGAACACGAAUCUAUUGGGAAAUAUAUAUUAGCUGAACAAGCAGCAAGAGCAACACUAUCACCCCGCGCAUGAACGAAAUCCAUUGGGGAUUUGAAAGAAAUCAGAGCAUAAAAGAGACAUCCUAGGGACUAAAAUAAGUAUUCAGCCAUAAAAAGCCGUAAGAAAGUGCUUGCCCAAACAUCAGCUUUCUCGGUUAUGGUUUCGUAAGUUAUUGGAUUAAACAACUCUGGAGCCCGAUAAGUAAGUGAACAGUUUUCCUCAGCAAACUCCUUGAAAAACGAGAUCUAGUAACAAAAUGUUACCUUCCAUUUUUCUGCAUCUCUA